GGUACGACCAUCUCUUGCGCCGGCGUGGAGCAUUGAGAAUCACACAAAACUUGUUGGGAUCCUCACUCGUUUCCUUAGAACCUAGACGUAUCAUGGCAACGAUUCCGUCAAGAAAGAAGCAGACCUCGACCCGGACGUCUUGCGACGCUUGCCGUUUCAGGAAGACUUCAUGUGACCGCGCUCUUCGCUUGCCUCAAGGCACUGCGAGUACGUGCUCGUUCUGCGAGAAGACCGGACUGCCCUGCAAAAUCACUUCCCCUGCCGCAAGAAAACGCCCUGACCGAUCCGCUUCAGGUCCACAGAGGACAAGAAUGGGCAAGCGAAUACGAAAGUUACUCGAGAGCGACGAUGUCGAAGCUUCCUCGGCGUCACCAUCAUCUAUGUCGCCUUCCGACGGCGGAGGAGUCAAAGAGGGAGCCGCUGUCGGCGACGCAACCCCCGCAUUCCCAUUCAUCGAGAAGCGUGAAGGCAACAUGUUCCGCAUACCCGAUCACGAGGAAGAAGUUGCCCCUUCUCUCGGGCAGCACCAUACCCUUCAGCAGCAACCCCAGCUAUUGGGCGUGCGUGGGCUCACGCUUGAUGUGCUACUCCAGUGUUUCAAAGCCUACUUCCAUUGGACUGAGAGCUGUAUCCCGCUGUCGCAGCCGCGCGAAGUGUUUCUCAGGAGAGCCAAGGCACGUUUGUUCCUUCUCACCGGUGGUGCCGCUUUUGGCGACGACCAAAAUGUGGAACCGGCCUCGGACCUGCUCAUCAUAGCUGUGGCGUGCCGAGGAACACGAAACACUUCUGUGAGCUAUCGCUUUGAGCUACAAGACAACCUCGAAGAGCGCUUUAUCGCGGAGGCCAUGAGCAAUGAUUCUCUCUACAACGCCGGUCUCGACGGCUUGGAAGCUGCCAAGCUUAUGGCGGAGCUCCGUGUUCGAGGUCUUCAUCCCACUCUGCCCGGCACUUGCCAUCCAUCAUCGCUCCAAAACGACGUUCUCGGGCGUGGAUUCACCGUAGUGUUGGCCAUGAACUUAGGCCUUCACACCGGGCCCGAGCAGCAUUUGAGCGAAGAGGCAAAUGAGCGGCGGAGGUGGCUCUUCUACAGUACAUUCAUUACGCACUGAGAAGCGUCUCAGUGAGGGAGAUGUACCGCAUACAUUUCGAGCAGGUGGGCUGGCCCCCACCAGUCAAGCGAGAAGUCGAUGGCGGUGCGUACGCGAGAGCAAUCUACAAACUUGCUCUCAUCGCACGUAAGAUGUGCGCGGAAGUUCUUUCCCCCAAGGCGCGGAGCAUGGGCGACGGUGUGGCCGCAUCGACAGUCGAGAUGGUUCUUUACGAAUUUGCUGCUUGGAAUACCGAUCCA